CGUUAAUGAUCUGUCUUUAAGUACUUUCAUUAUGCUAAGAAUCCUCACAACUUGCUCGCGCUUGAACUCGCUGACUUUACCAAUUCGACGUUUCGAAUUCGCGAAUGCAAUAAAUAGUCGAUUUGUUGUUAUUUUUAAUUGGAUACAUGCAACCAACAGCAACAACUUAUCCGACAAGGAGAAGAAUCAGGAUGCACCGGGAAGUAGCAAACGGAAGAGAAAUAACAGCAAUGGAUUUGCUAGUAGCCCUCCUUCAAAGAAGGCAGACAACAAGCUUACAAAGCCAAAGGCAAUUUCUAAGACUCCUUCCCCAGGCACAAAGCUUUCUUCAAAGCUAAAAGAAGCCACUCCAAAAAGUAAACCAAGUAAACUUUCACCUGGAGCAACCAAUAAAAAGAGAAAAUUAACUACUUCAAAAACAAAAAAGAAAGACAAAGUUAAAAAUGUGAACGGAGCUGAAACAAUGAAAAAUGCUGAAGUAGAAAAUGAUACAGUUGAAAUUGAUCAAGAAAAAGAAGAAUCUGUUCUUUCAAAAGUAAAACUUACCUCUGAUAAGGAAACAAAAACAAAGAAUACUGUGAAAAAGAAACGAGCCAGAAUAAUUCAAUCACUUGAUUCAAGUGACGAUGAGGAUCACUUACCAUUAUCCGAAAGUCCAAAAAAGGAAUCGGAAGCUAAUGAUGAAGAAAAGGAGAUUGAAAGCACAGACGAGAGUAAUGAAAUAAAAAAAAAUGCAUCAGAUAAUGAAACAAACCAAAAUAUUUUGGAUAAUAAGGAGAAGAUUGAAAAUCCGAAGAAGGAGCAUACACCAGAAAAGAAGUCACAGACUACUUCUAAAAAAACGCAUAGUUUUUUCACAUCUAAGCAAAAAGACACAAAGGAUAAUAAAGCAGAAGUAAAAAGUAGUAACCAAUCUUAUAAUCCCAGCAUAUCUGGUUACCAUCCGAUAAACAAUGCGUGCUGGAAACAAGGAGAUAAAACUCCAUACAACGCCUUCACGCGUACUUUGGAACUUAUCGAAGAGACAAGUGCAAGAUUGAAGAUAGUAGAAAUAUUGUCAAAUUACUUCCGAUCUGUCAUAGUCUUAAGCCCUGUAGAUUUAUUGCCAAGUGUGUACCUGUGCCUUAAUCAGUUAGCACCAGCAUACGAAGGAAUUGAGCUUGGCGUUGCUGAUAUGAAUCUAAUGAAGGCGAUAGCACAAUGCACCGGUAGGACAUUGGCACAAAUUAAAGCUGAUGUCCAGGAGGUUGGCGAUUUGGGAAUUGUAGCAGAAAAUAGCAGAUCCAAUCAGAGAACUAUGUUUCAGCCCGCACCGUUGACAGUUUCCGUUGUGUACUCUAAACUAAAGGAGAUCGCACAGAUGACGGGUCACGCGUCUCUGGCAAAAAAAUUAGACAAGAUUCAGACGCUGUUUGUGGCAUGUCGCAAUACAGAAGCAAGAUACCUUAUUAGAUCAUUGGCUGGAAAACUUCGCAUCGGUUUGGCCGAACAAUCUGUUCUGCAAGCGUUGGCUCUAGCUUGUGCUAUGACACCGCCAGAACAGGAUUAUCCACCAGAAAUUUUGAAUGCGAGCAAAAAAAUGUCAAGCGAUCGUUUUAAAGAGAAAUAUGAUGAAAUAGCACUUAUACUAAAAACAACGUAUUGUGAAUGUCCGAAUUACAAUCUCAUAAUUCCCGUUUUACUGGAGGAUGGAGUUCAUAUCUUGCCGAGCAAGUGUAAGCUCACUCCUGGAAUACCUUUGAAACCCAUGUUGGCACAUCCUACCAAGGGUGUACAAGAAGUCCUGACACGAUUUGAGAAUUUAAAAUUCACAUGCGAGUGGAAAUAUGAUGGAGAGAGAGCACAGAUACAUGUCGCGGACAACGGAACCGUCAAUAUCUAUAGUCGAAAUCAAGAAAACAAUACUAGCAAGUAUCCGGAUAUCAUUAAGCGAUUCAAGAAUACUCGCGGUGACUUGGUGAAGAAUUGUAUACUUGAUUGUGAGGCAGUCGCCUGGGAUAAUGAGCAAAAACAGAUUCUACCGUUUCAAAUACUUAGCACGAGAAAGCGAAAGGAUGCCAAUGAGGAGGAUAUCAAGGUACAAGUAUGUGUAUUUAUGUUCGAUCUGUUGUACUUAAACGACGAGCCGUUGGUGAAGGAACCCUUUGCAAAACGUCGCGAGUUGCUGAAGCAGCAUUUCAAGGAGGUAGAAGGUGAAUGGAAAUUUGCCAAUAGCAUGAACACUACAACGAUGGAGGAGGUUCAAGUCUUCUUGGACGAGUCUGUGAAAGGAAAUUGCGAGGGUUUAAUGGUAAAGACAUUAGAAGAAGAUGCAACAUAUGAGAUAGCAAAGCGAUCAAGAAAUUGGUUGAAGCUGAAAAAAGAUUAUUUGGACGGUGUGGGUGAUACGCUCGAUGUGGUUGUAAUCGGUGGUUACAUCGGCAAAGGAAAGAGAACAGGCACUUACGGUGGCUUCCUUUUGGCUUGUUAUGAUCAAGAAAACGAAGAAUAUCAGAGCAUUUGUAAGAUUGGCACAGGCUUCAAGGAGGAAGAUCUUGAGAACCAUACAAAGUUCUUCAAGGAUCAUGUGAUACCCCAGACGAAAUCGUACUAUCGUUUCGACAGCAGUCAUGAGCCCGAUCAUUGGUUUGAACCAGUUCAAGUAUGGGAGAUUAAAUGCGCCGAUCUCUCCCUAUCACCAGUUCACAGAGCAGCUACCGGAAUAGUUGAUCCGGAAAAGGGUAUAUCCUUGAGAUUUCCGCGAUUUAUUAGAAUACGUGAGGAUAAAAACUGUGAAGAGGCCACUUCCGCUCAGCAGGUGGCAGAUAUGUACAAUAAUCAAGAACAGAUCAAAAAUAAAACAUCGACGAAAGCUACGGAGGAAGAUUUCUAUUAAAAUUUUUCUUUUAUUUAUUUAUCUGCAUAUUCAAAUUAAUCUGAUCUUGGUAUGUAUUUUUAUAUUAAUUAUGAUUUUACAAGGGCUACUGUGUAAAUAAAAUGCAUCAUUGUAUGACGUAGCAUUAAAAUUAUUAUGACUAUGA